AUGCACAAAUAAUUUCGGUAAUGCUACAAUACAGCAAGAGAUGCAAGCAGCCUUCAGACAAGAAAACAAUUCAUAAUAAAACAUUAUGCUUUGGCUCCGAAAUCAUGCAUUUGUUUAACAAGGAUAUUCAUUUAAUCUCAAAAUGUUUGUAGUGUGAAUGGGGGGAAAACAACAACAACAACAAAAAAAAACAUUCAGAAUGCAAUAUGCAAAAUUUAAAAUUAAAAAGAUGUUAUAGAUUAGACGCGUAAUUAAGAUUAUUCUAAUGCAGUUUGAGGAAAAUAACAGACUAACUGAUCGAUUAAAAAACAAACGAACAAGUAAACAACAGUGCGAAACCAUUGCGCAAACAUCCUGUCUGAGAUGACUGAACGCAGCGCACUGGAGUCACACUGAUUUCUAAAAAUGCCAUAAAUUAGACAAACGUAACUUCUGCACUCCUCUAACAGGAUCUCCGUGGAUUUGUGACACUAGAGGCGCACUUGGCUCAGCCUGCGCGCUUUUACGCACAAUAUGAGCCGGGUCUAAUGAAAAAGCUUAUAGAGCACGAUUUUCAGUUUCAAUUUGGAUUGCAAUUUACAUGCAGAAAUAGACGUUUGCGUGAAUAUGAUAUGUAAUGGUUAGGGUUAAGGGUGUGUGGUAGAUGCGUAUCAUAUGCACGCCAAAACUGCGUAUGCAAGUCAAACAGUCCAUUUCUACGUAAAUGAGAGCAUUAUCCUUUAUUAUUCUAGGAAAGCCUACUAAUCAAUAGGCUUGGACUGGUCAUAAUAAUACACAACAUUGCAUUGGAUCACACAGGAUAGCAUGUAAGUUUUAGGGCCGUAUUAUAUAAAACCCUAAUUUGAAUCCCUUAAGUAUUAUUAAGAGCCUUCAGCAGAACUGUCCGACUUGGAUCAUUUAAACUGUAUGUUAGAGCGAUUCAGGUAAGCAAUUAUUGGUCCCUCCUAUUCCGGCUACGUGAUCGGUGACGCGCAGGAGACUCUCUCCAGACUCCCGCGCGCACGGGGCUCUCCGAGCAUUAUGAUGGAGUGAGCCGAGACUACUGUCCAGCUUCCAGCAAGAGAAGAGCUCCUCCUCCCUCUCCUGCGAUGAGGUAGUUGGUAAGACCGAGCGCUGGUUAAUCACCAAUUUCUCGAGUCCGCGCGUCUUAAAAGUGCUGUCAUGCAUGCAGCGUCCCCGCCGUCGCGCGCCUGACCUCCUGCGUUUUCAACCACGGCUUUUGUUUGUCCAUCGUCCGGUAUGGGAGAUCAGAGUGAGCCGAGCAUGGUGCAGAAGUCGACAUCGUUCAGCAUCAAGAGUCUGUUACUCCCGUCGAAGUUUGACGAGGAGAGCGCGGAGCGCAUCGGCAGCCCGGCACCCGUCCAGGACUUAGACAACCCCCCGGAAGCGUCCGAGAUCGAGCCCGCGCUGCGGGACGCGGAUGAACAGCCGUCUAAAAAGGUAAAGAAAUUCGACAAGCCUCCGUUCAGCUACAACGCGCUCAUCAUGAUGGCGAUCAGACAGAGUCCCGAGAAGCGGCUCACGCUCAACGGCAUCUACGAGUUCAUCAUGAAGAACUUCCCGUAUUACCGGGAGCACAAGCAGGGCUGGCAGAACUCCAUCCGGCACAAUUUGAGCCUCAAUAAGUGCUUCGUGAAGGUCCCUCGGCAUUACGAUGAUCCCGGGAAAGGGAACUACUGGAUGUUGGACCCCUCCAGUGAUGAUGUGUUUAUCGGCGGAACCACCGGGAAGCUCCGCCGGCGCUCGGCGACCUCGCGCGGCAAGCUGGUGAUGAAAAGGGGCCUCCGCUUCGCGCCCCUCGGACUCGGACUGGGCGAACGCCCGAGUAACCCGCUCUACUGGCAGCUGUCUCCGUUUUUACCCCUCCACCACUCGCACUAUAACGGCUCCACGCACGGAUUUCUAAACCAAGGACACGCGUACGGAUCGUUUCUCCCGGGGGUCGAGCCGCUCGGGAACGGGGACAUGUCUCGCCCCAUUCUGGGAGCCUCUAGCGGGAGUAUAAACGGGUACGGUGUGUCUCCGUCGUCCGCCGCCGGAUUACUUUCAGGGCACAAUGGAUACUUCGUAGCGGGCGCGCAGCAGCCUCAGCCGCUCCCGAGCGCGCAGGGAUACGGCAUCUCCAGCUCUCCGUCCCCGCUGCUGUCGGAUUCCCUAAGAACUAGUUUACCGUCCUUCACAUCACCGCUUUCUAGCGGACUUCUGUCUCAACACAAACGCGUCGCGCCCAAUUCGUUUCUAAGCUGAGCGUUGCGCGCCCUCUCCAAUGGGAAUAUCCAAACUUUCCUCGAAAACCGAAACGUGCAAGCUUUCCUUCUGAGUGAGGACUGUGCGUCUGGAUUUUUUUUUUUUUUUUUAGUUUUUGUCUAUUUAAGAUUAUUUUGUAAUAGUAGCAUCAUGUUAUGCCAAAGGCAAUAACCGUAUGUGUUUCUUUUUCUUCCUUUUUUUUAAGUAUUAUUUAUAGUAUUUCUUUGUGAAUGAUGGUUUUGUAUUUAUUCGAAAUGUAUUUUUUAUCCCUUGUUACUGUGGGAUAGCGUUAUUAUUAGAUGUUUGGCACAUAUUAUUCGUUUAGUAUGAAUAAUUCAAUUUCUUAUUUAUGUCUCAAACUGUGAAUGCGCCUUAAUAUCUUAAAUCAGGGUUGAGCGCUCGGACCGUCUCAGGUGUGCGUUCUGACAAUGAAACAUUAUUAUUAUUAUUAUUAUUAGCUGUGUAAACCUGAAAUAUGGUAAACAAAUGAAAAAUACACUUAUAUGCAAAGUUUUCUGAAUUCGCCGGUCGGUUAGUGUGGGCAUGUGUUCAGAGGGGUCAUGCAAUGACUUACUAUAGUAAAGCUAAGCUACUGAAUUAAAGCACUGUAUACAUGUAUACUGUCACAUAAAAUACUGUGACGACUCGAGGAUUUGUUUACACACAUGACAGUAAAACCGUUUUUUUAAUGCAAGGAGGUGAUUAAGCACCAAAGACAGAUCAUUCAUGUUUUUUUCUUUGUUUUAUGUAACAUCCCUGCACAUCAAUUUGCUAUCAUGACAUUAUGAAGCCAUUAUUCUAACUCCGUGCAAAUCAGAAAUGUGAUUUCUGUUUAUUGCCCUUUUAACCAACAUGUGAUUUAUAGUUCUGCAUCUUUAGUCGUGAGUCAUUUAAUGUGCAGAUUUGUACUUGUUUGUCUUUUUUCAUGUAUAUAUGCCUGAACUUCAGUUCAGAACAAAGAAAUAAAGUAUUGGAAUAUUUCUGUA